UUCCUUCUUCUACCUCUAUUGUCUUGAACCUCACUUUAUUCACCAUCUAAGAAUCAAUUAUUUAUAAAGCUUGACAUAGAAAUAUAACUAUCUCAGAGUAAAAUACAAAGAACACUGAGUGUCUCCGCGUGAGACCCAUUCAACAACUGGAGAUAGUUUUCAUUAAUUAUCAGACAGUAUAUUUUCUAAUUUAGGAAAAAAUAGUAUUUAAUUGUUUAUAGUUUUUUUAAAUUACUUUUAUUACAAGUUUCCUUCUUCUACAUCUAUUGUCUUAAAACCACACUCUACCGCCACAACUAACACUUUCUUCUACAUCUUGCAUAGUGGUGCUGAAGGGAGAAUGGAUCUCAGGCGGAGACAGUGGUCUAUCUCACCGAUUUUCCUGGCGGCGACAGUCGUGACAUUACUGUUUGAGCUGCAGUUAUCAUCAGCGGCGGCGACGGAGAAUGUGGUAUUUGAAGUUCGAAGCAAGUUCGGCGGGAAAAUAGAAAAGGAUCUUAGAGCUCUCAAAGCUCACGACGCUCACCGUCACUCCAGACUCCUCUCCUCUGCCAUUGAUCUCCCUCUCGGCGGCGAUAGCUGGCCUACUGGUCAAUACUUCGCUAAAAUUGGACUGGGAACUCCAUCAAGAGACUUUCAUGUCCAAGUCGAUACAGGAAGUGAUCUCUUAUGGGUGAAUUGUGCCGGUUGCAUCAAAUGUCCUAGGAAAAGUGAUUUAGUAAAGCUAACACCAUAUGAUUCAGAUGUUUCCUCCACUGCACAGACUGUUUCUUGUGAUGACAGCUUUUGCUCUUAUGUUUACCAAACAUCAAAGUGUCACUCAGGUUCGUCUUGCAAAUAUGAUAUCAAAUACGGAGAUGAAAGCUGGACUAGUGGAUACUUAGUGAGAGAUGUUAUGCGUCUGGACUUGGUUAUUGGAAAUCAUCGUCAAACCGGUUCUACUUCGACCAACGGAACUGUUAUCUUCGGGUGCGGGUCUAAACAGUCCGGUCGGCUCGAAGUGUCCAACUCUGCAGUUGAUGGGGUUAUGGGAUUUGGAAAGUCGAAUUCAUCGUUUAUAUCUCAGCUAGCUUCACAAAGAAAGGUGAAAAAGUGUUUUGCACAUUGCUUGGAUAACAAGAAUGGAGGUGGUAUAUUCGCCAUUGGGGAAGUUGUGUCACCAAAAGUGAAGACUACUCCUAUGCUCUCUAAAUCAGAUUAUUAUAGUGUUAGCCUCACUUCAGUUGAAGUUGGUAAUUCAGUUUUACAACUUUCGUCGGGAGAAGAAGUCAUUGUUGACAGUGGUACUACGUUGGCUUAUCUUCCAAACUCUGUUUAUAUGCCCUUAAUGAAUGAGAUCUUCUCUACGCAUCCAGAGCUCACCUUCCAUAACGUUCAAGACCUCCAGGGUUCAUUUAUUUGUUUCCGUUAUACCGACGACAAAUUAGACCUGUUCCCACCUGUCACAUUCCAGUUCGACAAAUCUGCUUCCUUGACGGUGUAUCCUCAGGACUAUCUGCUCCAACUUCAAAGAGACGCAUGGUGUUUUGGCUGGCAAAUCAGUGGACUCCAGAUGAAAGAUGGAAGAGAAUUGUUGAUUCUUGGAGAUAUGGCGCUAUCUAACAAGUUAGUUGUCUACGAUAUAGAAAACCAAGUCAUGGGAUGGACCAAUCACAACUGCUCAGGAGGAAUACAAGUGAAGGAUGAACAAAGUGGAUCAAUCUACACAGUUGGUGCUCACAAUCUCUCAUGGUCCUCUUCUUUAGCCAUUACCAAGCUUCUUACACUUGUUUCUCUCCUAGUUCAUUUCCUCUUUUACCAUUGAUUGGUCAGCCAACAGAUCCUAUCUAAGACUUGCUUUGUAGUUUCAGUAAAAAACCUAUUGGUUAAAAUUAAAGUUUGGUCCCUCUGUUUGUUAUCAUGUAAAGGAUCUGCUUCCCAUUAUUACAUUAUGGUGAUGUGUUUUUCACUCUU